AUGAAUUCUGAUUCGAGCUCUGUCUCCAGCAGAGCUUCAUCGCCGGACAUGGAUGAGAUGUAUCUGAGGGAACACCACCACCGUCACCACCACCACCAGGAGAGCCGUCUCAACUCGGUCUCCUCCACGCAGGGCGACAUGGUGCAGAAGAUGCCCGGGGAAAGCCUCUCGCGGGCUGGCGCCAAGGCCACGGGCGAGAGCAGCAAGUACAAAAUCAAGAAGCAGCUGUCGGAGCAGGACCUACAGCAGUUACGGCUGAAGAUCAACGGCCGCGAGCGCAAGCGGAUGCACGACCUAAACCUAGCCAUGGACGGGCUGCGCGAGGUCAUGCCCUACGCGCACGGGCCCUCGGUGCGCAAGCUCUCCAAGAUCGCCACUCUCCUGCUGGCCAGAAACUACAUCCUCAUGCUCACCAGCUCCCUGGAGGAGAUGAAGAGGUUGGUUGGCGAGAUCUACGGGGGCCACCACUCUGCCUUCCACUGCGGGACCGUGGGCCACUCCGCCGGCCACCCAGCACACGCCGCCAACGCCGUGCACCCGGUGCACCCCAUCCUGGGCGGCGCGCUCUCGUCCGGCAACGCCUCGUCCCCGCUGUCCGCCGCCUCGCUGCCGGCCAUCGGCACUAUUCGACCUCCCCACUCGCUGCUCAAGGCGCCCUCCACGCCGCCGGCGCUGCAGCUGGGCAGCGGCUUCCAGCACUGGGCCGGGCUGCCCUGCCCGUGCACCAUCUGCCAGAUGCCGCCGCCGCCGCACCUUUCCGCUCUCUCCACCGCCAGCAUGGCUCGGCUGUCGGCCGAGUCCAAGGACUUGCUCAAGUGA